AUGGAGUCGACUGCUCUGAAUGGAAGGAUGGCCCGACAACAAAUUCUUCUUUUCGAAUUUGAUAUAGUCUAUGUGAACCACAAGGCAGUAAAAGGGAGUGCAAUAGCAUAUUUUCUAUCCAGUAAAGCUCUAGAAAAUUACGAGCCUUUAAACUUUGAUUUCCCAAAUGAAGAUCUAAUGUAUGUUGCGACUACUGAAGAAUAUGCUCAAGAAGGACAUCCUUGUAAACUAAAUUUUGACGGAGCUUCAAAUGCUAUGGGUAACUUAAUCAGGGCAGUCCUAGUAUCCCCAAACAAAGAUCAUUAUCCCUUUACUAGUAAAUUAGAUUUUGAUUGCACAAACAAUAUAGCAGAAUACGAAGCAUGCAUCAUGGAUAUCCGUGUAGACAUAGAAUGCAAGAUCAAAGUAUUGGAGGUAUAUGGGGAUUCUGCAUUAGUGAUCUAUCAACUCAAAGGUGAAUGA